UAUCCCACCCCCUUGAUUUUGUUUCGCUGUCCUUAAAAACCCUCGCCUUCUGGAAACCCUCGGAAACCGGGUGUAGUAGGUAAAACCCUUUUCUCCCGCUGACCUCUUGCGCCUCCAUAUUCCUUUUCAGGCGAAUUGCUCUAGAUUCCUCUUUUCAAAGACGCUAAUCUCGGAACAAUGAGGGCUGCCAAGGCUAAGGCGGGAGCAAGAGCCCUGAAACCUGUCGAUGAUGGGAGAGUUGGGAAACGAAAGGCUGCUGCUGCUCCAGUUGAUAAGAGUAGCAAAGGAAAGGCCAAGCAGACGAAGAAGGCCAAGAAAGACCCCAACAAGCCUAAGAGGCCACCUAGUGCCUUUUUUGUGUUCCUUGGUCAGUUCAGGGAAGAGUUCAAGAAAAAGAACCCUAAUGUGAAAGGGGUAGCAGCUGUUGGAAAAGCUGGAGGAGAAAAGUGGAGAUCCCUGUCUGAUGCUGAAAAAGCUCCAUAUGAAGCUGAGUCUGCAAAAGCGAAGACUGAGUAUGAAAAGCAGCUGAAAAUCUAUGACAAAAAGCAGAGUGCACCUGAUGAUGGUGAUGAAGAGUCAGAGAGGUCAAGAUCUGAAGUGCAUGAUGAAGACGAUGAGGCUAGUGGGGAGGAGGCGCAGCCAAAAGCGGAGGAAGCAGAGGAGGAAGAGGUGGAUGACGAAGAUGAAGGGGAGGACGAGGGUGAAGAAGAGGAAGAUGACGACUGAAAUUGCAAUUCCUCUACUUGGCAAAGUGGGUAUUUUGGUUAGAGUAGACUUUGAAUUUCGUAAACUCAGGUUGCAUGGUGUUUUUGGAAACAGACAACAUUAUUUUCAACUGCUGUGUCCAUAUAAUAGAAUUAAGCAGGAGCCUAAGCAGUAGCUUUCCUGUAGUCCUUGUUAGUUUAUAUGAUUUUCUUAAGAUCAGUGUACUCUUUUAAGGGUCUUGCAUACAGGACUUGCAACCUAAAAUAUCCCCUUGUUUUCUUUGCCUCA